AUGGACCGCCGUCAAAUCCAAGAUCAAGAAACCUCCGCCGCCAAGGGAACUCAUUCCAAGUUCCCAAAAGUCGCCGACGAGUACGAAAUCCAAUCACAAAUCGGCGCGAGCGACCACAGCACAGUCUACAAAGCAAUAUGCAAGUCAGCAGACACACCGACGAUCGUCGCCAUAAAAAUCAUCGAUAGCAACGUCGAAAUUGACCAAACUGCAAUUACGAACAUCAACACAAAUCUCUCCUUCAUCAACCACCCACAUAUCCUGACCCCUCAUUGUUGCUUCACCGCUCCCGACGGGCGCCUAUGGAUCGUAAUGCCAUUCAUCCCCGCCGGCCCUCUACAAGCCAUAAUCUCCCAACGAUUCCGAACCGGCUUACCGGAUCAAUUCAUGUCAAUUCUUAUCAACCAACUCCUCCGUGCAUUGGUUUUUCUACAUGAAAAGGGGUUGGUUCAUAAAGCCGUGAAAGCAAGCAAUAUCUUUUUUGAUACUCAUGGGUGUGUAUUGCUAUCAGAUUUGGACGUUUCAAAGGAGAUGAAGAAAGAUUGUUCAUCGGUGCCGUAUUGGGAUCCACCGGAGGAGGAUUAUAGUUUCAAAUCAGAUGUAUGGUCGGUGGGGAUUUUAGCUAUGGAAAUUGCAUAUGGGUGUCCUCCAAUUUAUGAUCAAAAGGUAAUCAAAGCGCAAUUCUCCAAGAUUUCUAGGCGAUUUCCUUAUGAUUUGAAUUUGGAUAAUCGAUCAGGGAAGAGCGUUGUUCCAAGGAAAUUUGGUGAUACAUUGAAGCAUUUUGUGGGUUCAUGUUUAGCUAAAGAUCGAUUUGCAAGAGCUUCGGCAUUGAGUUUAUUGGAUCAUCCAUUCGUGAAGAAAGGGGAAAAUUCAAAUUUUUUGUUCAAGAGUAUUGCUAAAGGAAUGGUGGGAAUUGGGGAGAUGUUUGAGCAAGAUAAGGAUAGAAUCAUUGAUUUGAUGAAGAACGAGGUGCAAUUGGGUGAGAGUAGUCAAGGUGGUGGGAAGGUUUUGAGGAUUACGGGAUGGGAUUAUAAUAAUUUCUUGUUUGAAUUGGAGCCUGAUGAGGAAUCAUUUGGGAAAAGGGUUAGGUUUCGUGGGGAGACGGUGUUUUCUUAUAAAGAACAAGAACAAUGUAAUAAAUUUGAUAUGAAAUCUUUGAUGCAUGGUGGGAGUAGUGAUGAGAAGAAGAAGGAGGUUGAUCAAGCUAUGGAUACUGAAACGUUGGCGACGUUGUUGUCUUCGUUGCUUGAUAAUAUUGAUACACAAAAGGAAAUGGUUUCUAUGUUGAUGAAUCAUUGUGGCUUUAUGCAUGAUAAGGAUUUGGAAAUGGUUAAGCAAAUUAAGAGAUUGGAGGAUGAGUUGGCUGCUGAGAAAGAAAAAAGCUUUCAAUUAGAGCUUAAUUUUGAGCUUUUGAAGCUUAAACUUCCCGAUUCUGACGAGGAACAAGAACAAGAAGAGUAUGAACCCGAACCAGAACCUGAACCAGAACAACAACCCGAACGAGAAGAAGAAGAAGGACCAAGAGAACCAGAACCAGAAGGAGGAGAAAAGGAAGAGGAUGUCCAAGCAUUGAUGCAAAUCUUCGGAUGA